AUGAAGGUUCGGUUUCAAAAGCGAGUAGAGAUCCAUCAGACCCCUGCAAUGCCCGCCUGUCCUCCGGCUACGCUUGCUCUGUGUUUGCGUUUCUUGAUGCACAGAACAGCGGCUGCCGUCAUGGACGUGUGUCUGAGCUCCUAGCAGCAGCCCUUGCACCUGCAGGAGGCGCCGCGGACCCCAAGUGGCCGCUUCGAGCCAGCGCCAGCGGCGGAGGGGGCUCCCCGGGAGGAGGAGGAAGGCACCGGCGGAACUCCUGGAGAUACUAACAACAUGGACCCAUCCCUCCACGGCCUCCAGCAGUUCGUUCCCACAGACUACGAGAGCUACACUCAGGAGCACUAUCUGUUUGCAGGCGCCAAGAUUGUCAUCCAGGAAUCGAUAGAGAGCUAUGGCGCGGUGGUGUGGCCGGGGGCCACAGCUUUGUGUCAGUAUUUGGAAGAACAUUCAGAGGAACUGAAUCUCCAAGACGCUAAAGUACUCGAAAUUGGUGCUGGCCCGGGCCUUGUUUCCAUCGUGGCCAGUCUUUUAGGCGCUCAAGUCACAGCAACGGAUCUGCCCGACGUCCUAGGAAACCUUCAAUACAAUCUCCUGAAGAACACGUUAAAACGUUCGGCGCAUCUGCCCGAAGUGAGAGAACUGGUCUGGGGGGAAAGCCUGGAGCAGCACUUCCCCAGGUCAACGUUUUAUUAUGACUACAUCCUGGCCUCGGACGUCGUCUACCACCACUACUUCUUGGACAAGCUGCUGGCCACCAUGGCUCACCUCUGUCAGCCAGGCACGGUGCUGCUGUGGGCGAACAAAUUCAGGUUCAGCACCGAUUACGACUUUUUAGAGAAAUUCAAGCAAGUUUUCGAUACAACACUCGUGGCUGAAUUUCCGGAGUCAUCGGUCAAAGUUUUCCAAGGGAUUCUAAAAUGGGAUUAAGUGAAGCAAAAUGCCUUUCGAAACAGUAGUGUGUCUUUUGAGCGGUGUUAGACGUUGUCCUGUCAAUAAAAGACCUUUUAUAAGAUUGAGAAGCGAGUGCAGAAAAAUGACCUGUACGCCUAGAAUAACAUUGCGGCGGCUUUCUAAAAGAACCUAUUUAAGAUGAUCUGAUUAAUCUAAAUAUCCACAAAGAAUAAUGUGAAAACGUAAAAGUAGCUUUGUU